AUGCAGGGUGGGAGGGAGACCCCACCAAGGCCGCUAUUCGACCUGGAGCCCAUUCUGCAGCAGCUCAGCUUAGACGAGCUGGAGAUGUUCAAGGAGCUGCUGUGGGACAUGACGCCCUUCGAGGAGCUGUUGGAGGAGCUGCCUCAGUCCGAGGUGAACAGGGCCAACGGGCUGCAGCUGGCGCGCCUCCUGGCCAGACACAGCAACAGCACAUGGGUGGAGCUCCUGACCCUCCACCUGCUGUGCAGGGUCGGCCGCAGGGACCUGUACAACAUGGCCUGGGAGAAGGCCACCGGUGGUGGCAUUUGGCUGGCUGCCCUGCUCUGCAUCGACCUGUCAGGUAGAUGGGGCCGGGACUGGAAGGACACUGUGGCCCAGAGCUUCCCAGAACCUCGGUUCUCCAACCUGGCCCGGGUGGUUGUGGAAGGGGCAGGUGCCUCCCAGGUGAGCCUGCAAGCUGGCGGAUUGAGUAGGAGUCGGGAGCAAAGAGUGAGGGAGGAACCUGACCAUGUGGAUGAAUUCCUGCGGCGUCUGGAGAGUGGGGAGGAGCUCGAAGUGCAAGAGGAGGAGGAAGAUGAGAAGAAUCUGGUUCAAGAAGAGAUACAGACUGAAUCAGGCACGUGGCUUGAGUACAGAGACACCCUGAGCAAGCAGCUGGAGGCGAGCUGGAAGAGCAACUUCUGGCCUGCAGAUCUGCAGGUGGGGGAGCAGAUGCAGGAGGCCAUCCGCCAGCACAUGGCCCUGCUGCCCUUCUACAGGGACGGCCAGCCGUGGCAGUCCUUCUCCUGCCACUCCACGCUGGUGCUGAGUGGCCCGGCCGGCGUGGGGAAGACCACGGCGGCCAAGCAGCUGGUCCUGGACUGGCUGUCGGGCCGGCUGCCUGGCUCCUGGUCCACAGUCUUCUACCUCAGCUGCCCGGAACUCAACCACUGUGGCCCCAGCUCGCUGGCCGACCUGCUGAGCCGGGGCCGUGCCGACCUGCGGGCCGCCAUGCCUGAGCUGCUGGCGCGGCCGGAGCGGGUGCUGCUGGUGGUGGACGGGCUGGACCAGCUGCAGGCAGUCGAGGGCGCCUUCAUGAGCGGCCUGUGCCGGGACUGGGCGGAGGUGCAGCCGCUGCCCGUGGUGCUGGGCAGCCUGCUGAGCAAGGUCCUGCUGUCCCAGGCCACCGUGCUGGUGACCAUGCGGACGCCCAGCCGCCAGGACGUGAGGCUGCUGCUGCGGGAGGCCGAGGUGCUGCAGCUGCGGGGCCUCCGGGAGCAGGACCAGCGCUGGCUCUUCCUCCAGCACCUGGGGCUCGAGGAGGAGAAGCCGGGGGCGCUGUGGGCGCUGAAGUCGCUGCAGGACCACCUGGCGGUGCAGGAGCUGGUGCGGGCCCCGGCCAUGUGCUGGGCGGCCGCCGCCUGCCUGCGCCCGCAGGUGGAGCAAGAUCAGAACGUGGACCCCAUGUGCACCACCGCCACCCGCCUGGUGCUCGGCUUCUUCAGAUGCCGCUUCCGCCCACACCCCAGGCUGCGCGUCCCGCUGGCCUCCGUCUGCCUGCUGGCCGCCCACUGCGUGUGGAUGCGCAGGUCGGUGUUCUCGGGCCCGGACCUGCAGCAGCUGGGCGUGAUGGAGCAGCACUUGUACCCCUUCCUGGAGGCCAAGGUGCUGCGGCAGCACGACGACUGGGGCCGCUGCUACAGCUUCCUGCACCUGGCCGUGCAGCAGCUCCUGGCCGCUGCCUUCUACGUGCUGGAGUACAAGCAGCAGGGCGCCAUCCAGGACAUGGCCAGUGUCUUCUCGCCCCAGGAGAGGAUGCUCAACCCCUACCUGGCCCGGGUGGGCGACUUCCUCUUCGGCUUCACCCACUCGGAGAACACGUGGCAGCUGGAGGCGGCGUUCCAAGUCCACAGGGCGCAGAGCUUCAGGUACCAGCUGCUGAGACAUGUCAUGCAGCUGGAAUACGAGCAGCUCCCGGCCCGGUUCACCCGCGAGCAGCACCCGACCCGGUUCACCCGCGAGCUGCUGCGGGGCCUGUACGAGACGCAGGAUGCACAGCUGCUGAGGGAGCUGGGGCCCCGCUUCAGCAAGCUGGCCCUGGAGCUCGGCAGCAAGCAGGAGGUCAUGCACGCCGGCUUCUGCCUCAGGUGCCUCAGGGACCUACAGAGCCUCCGGCUGCAGGUGCACAGCAACGUCUUCCACCAGGUGCCCGAGGACGACGCGGACGACGAGGACAAGCUGCAGCUAUACCUUGAGCAGACAGGCCCCGCGGAGGACACGUUACAGGACAACGGCUUGGUGAUCCCCUCCUGGACCGACCUCUGUUCCGUGUUGGAGACCAACUGGAAACUCACGGAUCUGAAGAUCAGCUUCAGCCACCUCAGCGCCGCCUCCGUGAGAGUCCUUUGUGACAAAAUGGCCUUGCCCUCCUGCCAGCUGCAGAAACUGGUCAUCAGCAGCGUCUCUCCCGAGGCUGCUUACCGAGAGUUCUGCGCCGCCCUGUGCGGGCACAAGACGCUCAUGCACCUGACCCUCAAGGAGCACAAGCAGGAGGACCUGCUGCCACUGCUGUGUGAGCUGCUGCAACACUCUGGCUGUAAGCUGCAGUCCCUCAGGUUGAAGUCAUGUGCGGGCACCAGCCAGCAGUGGGUCAGCCUCGCCGCCUCUGUGGAUCACAGCUCCCUCGUGUGUCUCAACAUCGUCAACGGCAAAGUCCUGGAUAAGGGCGCCCUGCGCCUGUGCAGGACCCUGGCUCAGCCCACCUGCAUGCUGCAGAGGGUGGCGCUGGAGAAGUGCCACCUCACGGAAGCCUGCUGCAAAGGGCUGUCCUACAUUCUGAGGGACAGCAAGAGGCUGACGCAUCUGAGCCUGGCCCAGAAUGCGCUGGGGGACCAGGGGCUGAAACUCCUGUGUGAAGGUCUCAACUCCCUCACUUGUGCGCUGCAGACCCUGGUGCUCUGGGGUUGUAGCAUCAGCAGCACCGGCUGCAGGGAGCUAGCAAUGGCUGUCACCCAGUAUUCCAAGCUCCAGCAUUUGGACCUGGGCAUGAACCCCAUCGGCUCAUCUGGACUGAAGUUCCUGUGCGACUCUCUGACGAAGCCCCUGUGCGUCCUGAAAACCCUGUGGUCCCUGGUGCCUGCCAGCAUAGAAAGCAACAUUGACUUGGCAUUGGCAUUGAAGGGACCCUUGGGUUUUGUCCGACCUGCAGGCUGA